CUUUGGCCCCAAAGAAGAUCUCCAGGGUGGCUCAAGUCUGCAAGGGCGAUAAAGGAGGCAAUGGUUCGUUUUCCGCAGCUAAGUGGACAACUCUCCUGAAGUCCAUGUUGGUCUGUGUGGACUCGGACACUAACAAAGUUAGAAACUUUGACCAGCUUCAAGACGUCUUUAUCGUUGAGUCGGAACAAUGGUCUGAGACAAAGAUCUACGGGCUUUUCCAAAAUGAGUGGGGUUACUCGGCCGUCUGCGUCUACUCUGUUGAUGACAUCAGCAAACGCUUCAGAACGUCUCCCCUGAAAAACUACAGUGGGAAAACCCCUGCAGUGAAGCCAGGACAGGUAAAAAGCAGAGCCCUCUCUAAGCGGUUUAUAAUAACUGUAUUGCAGUCUCUAAACCAUGAUGUUCCUCAAAACAUUUGUCCUACUUCAAACAACUCUGAAGGAAACAGCAGAAGUCCGUAUGCGAAGGAAGUCAGCGUGGCCUUACACUCCCGCUAUUUCAUGAAUUGCUCUCAAGAAUCUCAUUAUGCCAAUUACACCUGGUUUCACAAUGACCGGCCAGUUGCCCAUUGCAACUCCGGGCACCGUCACUGUCUUCAUUUCAUUGACAAUAUGACCGCUGAGCUCUAUGGCAAGUACUCCUGCGUAUCUACAGAAGAUUGGUUCAAUCAGACAGUCAUAACUGAAUACCUGGAGAAUCCAGCUCAGGGCAGUAGGGAAAGGCAAGAAAAAUCAAUAGGAUUUGCCUCUACGCCAUCUUUAUCGUUCUGGCUGGGGUUACUGCACAUGAUAGCCAUCGUCUUCAUCGUCCAGUAAAGCCCGAUCUUCUGUGGACUUUCGCAACAUGCCCCUACUUGGCCGGAUAUUGAGGAGCAUCUCUGCUGAAGGCAUCUCACAGUUCAGGUGGUUGUAGAGCUGAACCUUCUUGAGGUUCAAAGGUCAGCGUAGAUGGCCUUUGAACGUUGCGUUCUUGAGCCUCUUCUUGAGCUUCUUGAUAUCUGGCUGGGGGCAAAGAAAGAAGAAGAGACUCCAGAAGAAGGAAAAAUGAUGGGUACCCUCCAUUUCCCUUGUCGAGAUGGAUGGUUCUACAGAUUGGGCAAAUAACGCCGUAAGUAAAUAUAUCGGGAAGAACAUGGAGUCAUCUUCAUGGGGAAACCUUGCAGUGGCCCUGAGUCCUGACUAAUCUAACCUCGAAAAAGAAAGACGAGUUUCACCGAGAAGGAGAUUAGCAUCCACAAGGUCUAAUUUCGCAGGAUCUCUGCCAGAAAGUGGCUUUUCCACAAAGUUAACUCCUUCCCGUCUGUCCAUUUGUAGAACGAGCUUUGGCUCCAACGCUUGUUCAGGAGUCCAGCUUGAGAAAAAUGGCGUUUUCAAUUCUCCACCGUCUCCGUUGGUGUUACUGCUGCUUAUUGAAGGAGAUAGCGAGUGUCAGUUAAAGCUGUCCAGCCAGGUCAAUAGGGUUGGAAAAAAACCCCAACCACCCUUAUUAUAUUUCAGGAUAGUUGCAGAAUAUUUAUUUAUUAUAUUUUCUCUCUCUUUUUUUAGAAGAGAAAGCUUCCGAUUCUCUUUAUUUUCUGUAAACAUUUGUCCUUGACCUACAUUGUUUGUUUCCCCCCACCACCAAUUGGUUGCAUCCUCUUUCUUUAAACAAUUGUGUUCUGUUUCGUUUGUUUGUUUUGUUUUUAAAACCCACCCAAUCGUUUCCUUUGGACGACGUGACUUAAUGUUCCUUGGCCAACGAAGGUUCUCACUCGCCAACUGAUGGACUAGGCGAGCUGCCCCGUUUCAGGUUGGUGGUGAGAAAAUAAACCAUGGUUGAAGAACAUCUGAGGUUUGGGAGCUUUUGUUCCUGGACGCAGUGGUGGGUUCCUACUGGUUCGGACUGGUAGUGGUAUGGUGGCCUGCAUUGCUGGAACCGGGAGCGAUCCAGACAGUGGUGAAAUUCAUUUUUUUUUUACUACUGGUUCUGUUGGAGUGACU